AGCUUUCUUCCUCCCCUCCCUCCAGUCCACCCCGCCGUUUCCCCCAUCUGUCACUCCGGCGAGGCGACGCGGCGGCGUGUUACGGCCGCCGUGCCUGUUCUUGGUCUGAUGUUGGUGGUUCCGGCGGCUUCUUGAUUGAUCUGUCGCUCGCUGCGGAGGUAGCUUUCCCCAGUUUUCUCGUGCUGCCGCCCUCCCUGUCAAUCACGGUUCCUUCCGCGUCUGCAAAUACAUCUGUCUCCAUCUGUCCAACUCGGCGGAGCAGGCGGCGACCGCCAGGGUCUCCCUCCCUCUACAACUUUCGGUUUGGUGGUGGCGAGCGUCGUCUAAAUCGCGCCAUUUAUUAGUCUCCAGGUCAAUCCCGACCCCCUCUUGACCUCUGCCGUGCCUGCCCCGUGACGGCCACGCCUUUCGCCGAACCCCCAAAGUCCUCUCGAUUCUUUCUACUCCCCUCGGUUCAUCAAAUGCGGCAGUGAGGAGCUCGAGAGCUCGCCGUGUUCGGUGGUAAGCUGGUACUGCGCCGCCGGCCGCGAUGGGCUGCGUCGCGUCCAAGAACGGCGGCCCGGCCAACCCGGCGGCCGACUCGGCCGGCGCGCGCCGGGGCAGGAGGCGGCGCCGCGCGCUCGCGCCGGAGCCCGCGCCGAGGUCGCUCUCCGUCUCCUCCCUGCGCAGCUCGGCGGCAGCGUCGGCGGCGGCCGAGAGGUUGCUGGAGAAGAAGCACGAGGCAGAGGAGCCUGCUGGGAAGGCCGUCGUCUCCGUGGCGGCCGCGUCCCGGAGCUUCCGUCUGCGCAGCCUCCGGAACAGCCUCGAGGGGGAGCAGGUGGCGGCCGGCUGGCCGUCCUGGCUCAGCGCCGUUGCGGCGGAGGCCAUCCAGGGCUGGAUCCCUCUCAAAGCCGACAACUUUCAGAAGCUCGAGCAGGUUGGGCAAGGCACAUAUAGCAGUGUAUUCAGGGCACGGGAUCUUGAUACUGGAAAGAUUGUCGCACUGAAGAAGGUGCGGUUCAACAAUUUUGAGCCAGAGAGUGUUAGAUUCAUGGCACGAGAGAUACAAAUACUCAGAAGGCUUGAUCAUCCAAAUGUCAUGAAGCUGGAAGGCUUGAUUACCUCUCGGUUAUCAUGCAGCCUUUAUCUAGUCUUCGAAUACAUGGAGCACGAUCUCGCUGGACUUUCUUCCUCACCCGACAUCAAGUUCACUGAAGCACAGGUUAAGUGUUACAUGAACCAGUUGCUGUCAGGACUGGAGCAUUGCCAUUCACGUGGCAUUCUUCACCGUGACAUCAAGGGUGCCAAUCUCCUUGUCAAUAAUGAAGGAAUUCUAAAAAUAGCUGAUUUUGGUCUUGCUAAUUACUGUGAUCCAAGUAGAAACCAUCCUCUGACCAGCCGGGUUGUCACAUUGUGGUACCGACCGCCUGAACUAUUGCUAGGUUCAACUCACUAUGAUUCAGCCGUUGAUUUGUGGAGCGCAGGGUGUGUCUUUGCUGAGUUGCUUCGUGGGAAACCGAUCCUGCAGGGAAGAACUGAGGUGGAACAGUUGCAUAAGAUUUAUAAGUUAUGUGGCUCCCCUGCUGAUGCCUAUUGGAAGAAGUCGAGGUUGCCUAAUGCAACAGUAUUCAGACCUCACUGUCCUUAUCUAAGUACCCUUCGUGAUGUUUUUAAAGAGGUGCCGGAACAUGCAUUGAGUUUACUAGAAACUCUUUUGUCGGUGGAGCCAUACAACCGUGGCACGGCAUCAUAUGCUCUUGCAUCUGAGUUUUUCCGGACAGAACCCUACGCAUGCGAACCCUUAAGCUUGCCUCAGUAUGCACCCAACAAGGAGAUGGAUGCAAAGUUACGAGAAGAGAGACUCAGAAAGGCCAGUAGCAGAGGCCAUCGCCCAGAAGCAUCAAAGAAGUCAUCGAGGCUAAGUAGAGCAGAAAGAGAACAAAGUGCAGUCAAUAAGCAAAGCGAUUGCAGAGAGGUUCCCAAAGCAAAUGUAACUAAGGAUGGUGAAAGACACGUUAGUACAAAAUUAAAUGGUGAUGCUAAACUACUUGCAGAUAUACAAAGAGUGUCCACAGCCCAAGUUAAAGAAAGGGCUAGUCAUUUUAAGAAUGAUUCGCUAGAAGAAAUCCCUUUCUCUGGGCCCUUGAUUGUUUCAUCAUCCAGUGGCUUCGCAUGGGCCAAAAAACGUGAUGGUUGCUCUUUUACCAGAUCACGGACCAGAUCUAGUUCAAGAGACGACUUCACUGCUGAGGUAGGUCGGGAUAAUAAGCUACAACUUAAAGAGAACGUUGGCUUGAAGGAACAGCAUAACAGAGAUGUGCACGUAGCACGUGUCAACCCCAGGGUCCAAGAGCCUCAUGAGGUAGCAAAUCGCGCAGUUCUGAAGAAAUGGUCACAGUUAGAGCAUCCAGAUUCAUUUGAUUCUCGCGACACAUACCACUCCCAGAAAUUUUCGAAUGCAAUAUAUCUUGGGGAUGCUCUCUCAUCCAAAAAUAGCAUGAAGGACCACGAUCAUGGAGAGAGGGUUGAAUAUUCAGGGCCUUUAAUGUCCCAGUCCCACAAGAUUGAUGAACUGCUAGAGAAACAUGAGCGCCACAUUCGGCAAGUAGUCCGAAAAUCUUGGUUUGGAAGAGAUAAAGUUGUUUCAGAAAUUAAUAGGAAGAAAGCAACACAAGUGAGGAAAGCUUGACCGUUUGUUUAAACGGAGAAGAGGCGCAUGGUACAUGUAUAUAGUGAAGGCUAGAACCUGGUGCGGCGUUUGACGAUACAUUGUUAACCUGAAGACCAUUACUGGGAGAAUUAUGCUUCCCAGCUCACAGCAAAAUCGUGCUUAAUACUUCCACUGGAGACUAAUUCUGGUACUACAGAUUCCUAAAGAUCGAGAUGGCUGUGCUAUAUCUUUGUAUUCUUCCUUUGCACAUUUUCGAUGUUUAGGAAUAACAGGCUAUGAGUGGUUAAUUUUGGGUAGGUUAAGUUGAACCAGUCAGGCAUUUGUGUAGCUGAAUCAAUAACCACCACACCAUGGUGUGGUAAAUCUUGUAUAGCUAUCCUCUGCUAAAGAAAGUAAAAUUAAAGAUUUACUGAUCUAA